CUUCACAUUUGACUUCAUCAUCAUAAUACAAAGUUUGACAAUCACAAUCCAUCUAGAGCAACUCCAAACACCCAUUAACUUACCAAUAAAACAUCACACUUUUUUUUUCCCUACAAAAAGUUCCCAUAUAACUCAAACACCAUUUUUAAGCUCCACCAAACUUCUUAACUCCCCCCAAAAAUGAAAAUCACUUUUCUUAAUCUCAUAAUUAACACCAUAAUAAUCACCCUUUCCUUCUUCCUUAACCGUCUCCUAGUUACCUCUGUUGAUGUCUGUAACCCAACUUCAUGCUCUGACAUGGGAAUCGGACCGGAAAUCCGGUUCCCAUUCCGGUUAAAAAGCCGGCAAUCGGACCGGUGCGGGUACCCCGGUUUCGAUCUUUCGUGUAAUGAAAGAGGCCAAACGAUAGUAACACUACCUUUUACAGGUGAUUUUUUAGUUACAGACAUUGACUAUUCUGCUCAAUCUAUGAUCCUAUAUGAUCCUGAUUUCUGCCUUGUCAAACGUCUCAUCAAUUUCAAUCUCACUAACUCUUCAUUCAGAGCUGAACAUCAACGGAAUUAUACGAUCGUGAGGUGUACUUCGGAUGAUUGGUUGAGUUAUCCAAAUUAUCAGGUAGCAAUUCCUCUAUAUUGCCGGGGAGUUACGAGCAGAAAUCAGGCAAUUUUGGCAAUGCCGCCGAGCAUGUAUGAACAAGAAAAGCCAAUUGGUUGUAAAUUGAUUAACUCAAGGGUUUCAGUUCCACUACAAUUGGAAGAUUCACAGUUUUGGUCUCCAAUGGAAGGUCUUGUGUUAACUUGGGCUGAACCAGGUUGCAGAAUCUGUGAAAAUCAGGGGAAACUUUGUGGGUUUAAGAGUGAUACUGGAUCUGAUAUUGCUUGCUCAAAUCCUCCUGCUUCUAAAGGACUUCCAAGGGGAGCUAAAUAUGGCAUUAUAAUUGGAGUUGGAGUACCAGGCCUUGUAUGUUUAAUAGGAAUAAUAAGCUUUGCUUUUGGUAAAUUCAAAGUUUACAGUACUCCGCGUCGCGAUUUGAACUCUGAUCUCCCAACAACAACCACCGCCAUCAAUCUACAAUCAGUAAUCUCCACGAGAGGUCUUAACCGGGCAACAAUCGAUUCAUAUCCCAAAACUGUGCUUGGGGAGAGCCAACGUCUCCCCAAUCCUAACGAUGGCACAUGUCCGAUAUGUCUAUCGGACUAUGUGCCUAAAGAGACAUUAAGAACUAUACCAGAAUGCAACCAUUAUUUUCAUGCUGAAUGCAUUGAUGAAUGGCUUAAGUUAAAUGCUACUUGCCCUUUAUGUAGAAAUACACCAGAUGGUUCUUUACAUCCUUGUUCAUCAUCAACUUCUUUGGUCUCAUCUUCUCCAUAGUCCUCAACAACAACAACAAAAGAACUUUAUUUUGUUAUGAUUUUAAUGUCUUUCAUAGGGAAAUUAUUCUUGUUGUAUAUAAGUUGUAUGAGCUCGAGGUGUUGUAAAUGGAAAGAAAAAUAAAGGUUAUAUAUAGGAUAGAAUUCUUUUUGGCAUUGUUUAUGUUUAAAAGGAAAUGAAAGGAAAGGAGAAACAACUUUUUUUUUCUAA